CACGUAUACGUGUCGUCAUAUCCGAGAACUCACCUGAUUUUGCUGGUUUGUAUUAGUCGUGUAUAAACUCUAUUUUCCUCAACGAAGAGGAAAAAAGUGUAGAUUCAAAAAUGUCAUCAACAGAAAAAGAAAAUAGUGAAAGUCCUCAGGAAAAUUUACCCCAAGAAGGAGAGAGUCAAUCAACAAAUAGCGAAAUUGUCACAGCCGAAAAUAGCGAAGGUGAAAGAAAUGUUGCUACCGCCGAAACUGAGGAACAACGACGAAAGCAAACAACAUGGUCGGAAUCAUUUUUUGCCAUUACCAAAUCCCUUAUAAUUCGUGCACUUAUAAUUUAUUUUAUAAGUUCAUUCUUCCGUCGACCACAGCAGACUGAUGUUCAAACUCAACAAGGCAGUGCAGGUGGCAAUAAUAUGCCUAAAUUAAGUUCAUUAAAUCUUUUUGAAAAUGGAACAAUAUUUGACAUGAAUGUUUAUUUAUCGGAAUCGUUAAAUUUUGACGAUUUUUCAAAUACAAAUGCACAUAUUUGGACGGAAAAACGAUUAAUUUAUGGCGAUUGGUCAAGUGGUCCAGACAAUGAUGGAACAAGAGUUCAUGUUCAUAAAUUUGCUCCAUCAAAACAAUUAUUAAAUAAUGGUUCAAUUUAUGUUCAUGUUUUUGUUACAAAAAGUGGCAAAUCACCUGAUCCUAAUGCGGGUAAAGGAAGAUACGCUGGAAAGGAUAUGAUUUCACAUGCAUCUAAAAUGUUAAAUAAAUUUAAACGUGUUAAAUAUCAAAAAACACAUAAUUUAUUAACGGGUGAAACUGCAGCAACUGAAGAUGAAAUUAAGAAAGCCGAAUUGAUGAAUCAAGAAAUUCUUUCUCACUGGCAUCCAAAUACGACUAUUAAUUUUGUCGUUGAUCAAACCAACUGGGUACCGGGUCAAGUUCCUCCACCUUUAAAUGAAUAUAUUGAAUUUUCACUUGGUGGCAGUGUCUAUAAGCCAGUUGUUUAUUUCAAUGAUUUUUGGAAUAUGCAAAGGGACUAUCAUCCUUUGAAUGAUUCGAUAAAAGAACUUGAAUUACGUCUCACGUAUCAACCACUUUCAUUAUUUAAAUGGCAACUCUAUACAGCUCAGAAUAUGAGAAAUAAAUGGACAUCUUCAAUUUUAGGCAAUCCCGAAGAGGAAGAUAGUGAUCAGGAUACGUUAAAAGAAGCUCUUCUUGAAACAAAUCCCUAUCUUUUGGCAUUGACUUUUGCAGUGUCAAUUUUACACAGCAUCUUUGAGUUUCUUGCAUUCAAAAAUGACAUUGAAUUUUGGAAUAAUCGAAAAUCCUUGGAAGGUCUUUCGGUGAGAAGUGUAUUUUUCAAUGUAUUUCAAUCUGUGAUAGUUCUUCUUUAUGUUCUUGAUAAUGAAACAAAUACAGUUGUUCGCAUUAGCUGUGCAAUUGGUCUUUGUAUUGAAAUAUGGAAAAUUAAUAAGACUGUCGACAUUAAAGUGAAUCGUGAAUCGAAAAUAUUUGGCAUUUUCCCACGAAUAUCGUAUCAAGAUAAAGGAUCAUAUGUUGAAUCAUCGACAAAAGAAUAUGAUAGACUUGCCUUUAGAUAUUUAUCAUGGGCACUUUAUCCACUACUUGGUGGUUAUGCAAUUUAUUCUCUAAUGUAUUUAGAACACAAGAGCUGGUACUCUUGGGUAUUGAGUAUGCUUUAUGGAUUUCUAUUGACAUUUGGCUUUAUAAUGAUGACACCACAACUUUUUAUCAACUAUAAAUUAAAGAGUGUCGCACAUCUUCCAUGGCGAAUGUUGUCAUAUAAAUUCUUAAAUACAUUCAUUGACGAUGUGUUUGCCUUUGUCAUUAAAAUGCCAACACUUUAUAGGCUAGGCUGCUUCCGUGACGAUAUUGUCUUUUGUAUAUAUCUUUAUCAACGUUGGAUCUAUAAAACUGAUCUCAGUCGUGUCAAUGAAUUUGGAUUCUCAGGUGAAAUGGCCGCUGAAUUGAAAGAGAAAAAAGCAAUUGAACCAGCAAAAACUGGUGAAACGGUGAAAAAUGAAAUUGACAAGAAAACUGAUUGAUCAUUUCAAUAGUAAAGCAUUUUUUUUUUUUUUUCAAGAAAAAAAUAGAUUCAUUGAUUUAAAAUUUAAAAAAAAAAACAACGUUUAAGUACAUAAGUACCAAAGUAACGUGUGUGUGAAAACUUUUCAUUAAAACGCACGAAUACAAGACAUUUGUGCGUGUGAAUAUUCUAUUUGAAUUUUUGAAAAUAUAUUCGCACAAUUGCGUAAUUAAAUGAAAGUACGGCGUGUAUAAUUGUAAUUGAAGCGAUUCUUCGUGAUUCAGUGAUGCUAUCAAUAUAUAGAUAUAUUUGAUGUGAAAAAAAAGUAAAACGCCUCCAUAAUAUGAAUAAUUUGGGACGUAUGAAUGUUUUCCUAAAAAAAAAUUAUUAGUCCUAAUUUCUCAUUGUAUUAAAAUUUAUAAAUAAUGUCGAAUUUCUAUAUAAAAACAAUUCUGGAGCAUA